AUGGGCAAACUCAUCAAGAACCACUGGGCGCGCCUCAUCAUCCUCUCGGCCUCUAUAUACCAAAUAGCCGCCGCAAUCGAAGGCUUCUUCUGGCCCAAGAUCUUCUGGGACUUCCUCACCAAGAAUCUCGAUGGCGCCGUAAAACCUAUACCAGUGCUGCAAUCCAUUAACCUGGUAAUGGGGCUCGUCAUCACAGCCUGGGAGUGGCCGCUCGGCAUCAUCGCAAAGACCGCCCUCCACCGCAGCAUCGAGGCACGACUGGUCGUCUACCCCCUCGCAGCACUCUCCGCAGCGCUACUAUACCAAGCCACCAACCCGGCGAUAUACUACACCAUCGGCAUCGUGGUCUACUUCUGGGCAUAUAGCGAAGGCGAGAUUGUUGUCGAGAAACCGUGGAGCUUACCGCAGCGCGGGAGACCGGGCAAGGUAUAG